UCAACUCAAGUGAUAACUUACUGGAAGCGUAUUAAUUGAGAUCAACAUUUUUCUUUAACUAAUAACGAGGUUAUAAUGCGACCUUGUGUGGAUUAGGCGCUGUACAGUGCAAGAUCUUGGAUAUAUAUAUAUAGUAACCAGGAACUGAGAGUGUUUUUAGGGUUUUGUUUACUGCAUUCAUCAGUGAAGCUCUGCUAAGAGUUACCCGAGUCCAGAUUUUAAAACGGCAAGUGACUGUCUCUGCCGGGACAAAGGCUGAAACCAAUACUCGAAUCUGAAGAGGCUUGUUCUUCUUCUCUGAAAUAAAAGCGACAAUGUAUCGCAGGAUCUCCGUGUCCCACUUUAAAGGCGAGCUCGUCCCUACCAUCGAACAGGCAGUGAAAGGAGCUGUGGACCUCGUUGUGUGUGAACUGACCAAGCUUAUCGACAGCAAACUUGUUGAUUUCCAAAUUGAAAUGGAAAAAGAAAACGCCAGUCUAAAGAUGCGAUUAGAAAUGUCAGAUAACGAAGUGAAUGCAAUGCGUGGGUAUCUGAAUACUGCGGGCAUUUCUCUGUUAAACUCCACCUGUAAUAAACAGCCCUCUCUGAGGAACAGCAGUGAGAGGUGUGCUCUACCUGGGAGGGGGAGCGGCAGCAUUACAGACGCCUGUGUGCCAUUGUUCAGCGACAAAGUGAACGACGCUGCAGACGAGAACAGUAUCGGGUUUGCUCGAUGCCUGUCCAGCGCAAAGCGGGAUUGUAGAAGUAACCCAGUCCCGGCAAUAGAAAUGCAGGACCCAGUGCAUGUAGUAAACCGAGAACAGCACGACAUUGCACAGUCAGAACAAGAGUUACUGAUCAGAGUGCAUGACUAUGAACCAGCAAGUGACACCUGGAUACCCGAGUGGGGCAGGACUGUUAAAGGUACUGAAGAUGAAACAUGUCUCCCUGAUACAGAGAACAAGGCAAAGUCAGAAUCUGUCCAGAUCAUUGAAGUGACAGUGGGAGAGAAGCACACCGAGCUGGUCUCUGAAGUGGAACCGGGCUGCAUUAAACAGGAGGUCCUGGAGCAGCAGUCUGGCUCUGAAGAGACAUGCUCUGUUAUUGAAGAGGGGACUGAUCUGGGAUCCAUCCAGGGCAGGCCUCAUUCCACCCGGCUGCAUACAAGCACAGGACACUGCAGAUCCACAGCGGCUCUCGCAGACUCACCCGUGGAGCUGAGCCUCAGCAACGAGGGAGGACGGAGAAUGCCGUCCACUAGCAGGAUAGCAUUGGAUACAGAAGAACAACAUGGCUCCCGCAUAUUGUCACACCAAGAAGAGUAUUGGCGGCGCAUGAGAACUGAGACAGUUAGGUUUCAGAAUUCUUCUUUACCACAACUUGAUCUGCCUUUUGUAAAAGGAACCACUCAACAAAUGUGCAGUUUGGAAACCCCUGAGACCUCAAGUGGAAAGAAUUCAAGUCAACUAGAAAACCCGAGUAGACACCUGGGAACUCCAGCAGGAAAGAGAUGGUUUUGUAAUGUUUGCAGGAAAAGUUUCCGUCACUUGGUGGCCUAUAGACAACACCAGCGUGUUCACAUGAGAGAGACCCCUCAUCGAUGCAAUGAAUGUGGGAUAAGCUUUGCUCGGAUAGAAAAUCUUAAAGUGCAUCAGCAAAUCCACACAGGAGGGAAACUCUAUCAUUGCAUUGAAUGUGGCCAAAGUUUCAGUUUUUUCGAGUCCUAUAAGCAGCACCAGCGAGUCCACGCAGGAGAGACUAAUCGCUGUUCUGUUUGUGGAAAAAGUUUCAGUCGCUUGGCAAACCUGAAAAGACACCAGCUGAUUCACACAGGAGAGAAGCCAUUCCGCUGUACACAAUGUGGACAAAUGUUCCGUCACUCUGGAGCCUUUAAACGACACCAGCGACUUCACACCUGACUGUGAGACAGCCACUGCCAGACAUACGAGGUGUGACUUUAUUAAGUCACACCUUUAUUAAGUAUUACUUUAUUACGUCUCGAACACCGCACACAGGUUUGCAUCUGAUACUGACAGAGCGCAUCGCAGGCGCAGUGGUAUUCAUUUAGUAUUUUAAUAUCGUGUUCACACAUUUCCAAGCAGACAGGGACCCUAUGUAUACGCUCUAAAUACAUUAAAGCAGUGUGUUUUUAUUUAUAAAGAACAGCAGCUGUGUCUUAUAUUUAUAACAUGUCCUUCACAGAAAUGUUUAAUAGAAUUUGUGUGCAGGAGUUGGGGUUAGAAAGUAUACGUAGAAAACAGUGCUGGUAUUCCUUGGCUGAUUCUGCUUAUGCUUGCAUCUAUCUUGUCACAAUGUUGUACAUAUUGAAGCACUUCUUCAGUGGAGUGCUUGUGACCCAGCUCUCAGCUUGACAAUGUGUUUUAAAACAUGUCUGUUGAUCGACAUUUUCCUUUUACCACAAGUGUAUUGAUGUGUUUAAUUAACAUUAGUGUGAUAAUAUGUUUAAAAUUAACAGAAGUGUGCUGAUGUUUUUGAUAAUUAGAACAGAUGUGUUCACGUGGAUUAGUUUCCCCGAAAGCUAGUGUAUUUUGUAUUUAUUAAAAGAUAUCUUGUUAGCAGGAUUUAAAGCUGUAUUGGUUAAGAUACGGAGUAUUUAAAGCAGAAUUGUGGCGAAAUGUAAAAAAAAUACCUCCACACAAAAACCCCAGGAGAAUGUGCCCGUGACCAGAG